AAUGAGCGAUUUCAAAUGGUUAAGCGAAGGUUUCAACACUCAACAGAAACAAUUCAUAGAUGUUUUCAUGAGGUCUUAAUUGCGAUGAUGAAUUUCGCAAAAGAAGUUAUAGUUCCGACAUCUUCUAAUCCAAUCGCGAAUGCUUCAGAAAACCAUAGAAGGCUAAAACAAAUAUUUCCUAGAGCAAUAGGUGCGUUAGAUGGAACUCUUGUACAUGCAGUCGUACCUGGUGAUCAACAGACUCGUUACAGGGGAAGAGGAAAGGGUGAAUGCUUUCAAAAUGUCUUAGGAAUCUGUAAUUUUGAUAUGAUAUUCACGUUCGUAUGGGCCGGAUGGGAGGGUAUUGCACAUGAUUCACGUGUUUUGAAAGAAGUUGCUUUUAAUCCGAGUUCCGGCUUUUAUUUCCCCCCACCAGACAAAUAUUACCUUUGCGAUGCCGCAUACACCAACACUCGUGGGUUUAUGACUCCCUAUCGUAAUACGAGAUAUUGGUUAGCCGAUUUUCGACGACAACGUGCAUUGACUAAGGAAGAAAAGUUCAACCAUGCUCACGCACAACUCAGAAAUGUGAUUGAGCGCGCAUAUGGUGUUUUGAAGGCAAGAUUCCCAAUCCUAAAACAAAUGGCCCCCUUUUCAUUUCCAAUACAAAGAGACAUAGUGAUUGCGUGUUUCACCAUCCAUAACUUUAUAAGGAAAUGGAAUAUUCAUGAUCAGUUAUUUGUGGAGUACAACGAUAACACUUUUUUUGGAGAAAUGCAACAGGAGGAAAGUGAUGGCCAGUCUGUACACGACAUGGAAUGGGGCUCACAUGGCAUUGAAUAUAUGACUACUUUGCGUGAUGAGAUAGCUACUCAAUUAAUGUCAAAUGCUUAAAACCAAAAUUGUACGCGAGUUAUUAAUUUCUACUUGGAUUAUUAUGUUUUCAAGAAUUAUUCAUUAUUAGG